UGGAUACUAGUUUUGGGGGAUUGCUAGUUAAUUCAGGCACUAAAACAACUUAUUCUGUUCACAGCUCAGCCAUGAGGAAACUUUGGUCCAAAGCUGGUGUGUUUGGUUCGGUGUCGGUGGUUUUUGGUUCAAUGUUGUGGUCCCAGAAGAAGACUGAACCAGACCACUUUGCUUCCAGUUGCACCCCAGCUGAAACAAAUACCAACUCUCCCUAUGAGCUAAAAUUAGUCCAAGUCGUGUUCCGGCACGGUGCUCGGACCCCACUUAAGUCAAUACCUGACGUGAUGGAGGCCCAGUGGGUGCCCACGCUCUUGGAGCCUCCAGCACACACCAACAUCAACUAUAAAGUGACAGACCUACACGGUGGCCCCAGGCCCCCGGCUCCUGUAGAAGACAGCUAUCGGAAAAACACGCUGACCGUGA